UAAAAUCGUUCUUCAGUUUUUGAUCGUUAUUCGUAUAAUAGUUUCAAUUUUAGAAACUUUUUCGGUCUGAAAAGUCUUCUUCGGAUAAUUAUUCGAUCACUUUCACACCCGUUAUUUAUCGUCUGGGGAUUUGUUUUAAAACUAAGAAUUAGUGUUUCUCAAGUAUUUAUGUUAAAGUUCAGAAUUGUUUUAUUGUUAAAAUUGUUUUUAAGUGACAAGGAAUCGUUUUUAAUCACUUUGUUACACAACUUGAUACUAUGUCAAAUGAACAAGAUCAAAACCCUCCACCUCCAGAAAGUUUGAAUAGUGAAGAUCUUUUUCCUGAUCGCAUUGGAAAUACUGUGUACAGCAAACACUGGAUUAUUAAAAUAUUGAUGAAUAUCAUUGAAGCAUGUGAUAAAGUUGGAGAAACUCACAAAAAUUCUGUAGAAAAUGAGAUUUUAGAAACAGACAUUGUGGAAUUAGAUCCAAAGAUAGAAGAAGAUGCAUGUGCCCUGUGGGAUAUGUCAGUAUCUGAAGAAGUCGGCAAGUUCCUACUAGAUUCUGGAAUAUGUGGGAUAUUUUUAGAUGUUGUAGAAAAAACACAAAGUCCACGAUUAUUGGAGAUUAUUGUUGGCAUAAUGGCUAAUCUAUCAACUUUUCCACCCCUUUGCAGUAUUAUACUGGAAAAUAAAAUGUUAAUGUCAUCUGUUCUGUUAUUAUCUGGAACAUCUGAUAGUCCAACACUGAUACAAGUAAUGAGGUUAAUUGUAAAUGGUCUGAAACAUGAAAAUUCUAAAAAUUUAUGGUCUGAAGCAUAUGGAGAAAAAUCUUUUUUCAAGGUUAAUGUGAAAGAUAUUCUUUCAAACAGUUUAAACAGCUCUGUAAUACUAGCUGUGUAUGAUUUAUUGGAGACCACUUUUUCUGAAAAUAUUAUUUACACUGAACUAUUGGGACAAGAUUCAUUUUUGGAAGCUUUCAUUGUUUCUGGUCAACAGUUAUUAAAAAAGAAAGAGUGUUUGGAUAAAUUCUUCUGUAUAUUGAAUUUGUUAUGCCAGUAUUCUUUGAAUGUAGAAAAAUUUGUUAACAAAUGGAAUGAGUUUAAACCUCUUUUUUAUGAAUAUGUCAGCAACCUUGAAAUUGAAGACAGCUUAUUCAAUUCUAAAGUAUUAUCAAUUCAUUCAUACUUUGAAGCUUACAACACUCUCCUAAGUUCUGGACUUUUGAGAAAAGAUUGGGUUAUUACAGAUAAAGGCUAUUUAGUGUCUGUAGCAAGAACUUCAGAGGCUGUGAAUCGAUUAAUAUUAGAUGUUCAGAAACAUAAUGAAAGAGUUUUAAAUGUGCCAGAACAAAAUAAUCAAGAUUCCAGUGAGCGAUUACGCCAUGUUUGUGUGCAGGAUGGCGUACAAUCAGUCACAAUGUUAUCACAGUAUGAUUUUCGUGUGUGGAAUGUCUUAGCUGAGAGUAUUCUGGAGACAGCUAAAACGCUGAAAACAUUUGUUGAGAAGGAUGAAGAAAGAGAGAUUUUAAAUGACAUUCUGAGGCUUAGUUCAACUAAUGAAAGCAUGGACUUAUCAAUUGCUGAAUAGAGUAGUAACUACCUUACCUGUUUCUAAUUAUAUUUUAAAAUAAAAAUUGUAAAUAUUGAAUUUUCUGUGUAUAUUUGUAUAGCAUUCACUCAUUGUGUUUCAUAAUAUGUUUGAAAAUAAUCUGAAUAGAAAUUAGCUUUUUCUAAUCAUUGUCAUCUCUAAGCUAUUUCUUAUAUAUUCUUUUUAAAUUUUCAUCAAUAAAAAGUGUUUUGAUAAAUA